AUGUGGCAGCAGAAGCGGCGCAAGGUCGACGAGGACGGCAACAGCGUGCCCCUGCCGGCGACGGGCCCGGACGGCGAGCAGAGCUACAUGCGGAUCCAGUUCAGCGAGGCCGAGAUCGCGGCCGAGGAGCGGCGGCCGAAGCGCAAGGUCGCGGUGCUGAUUGGGUACGCGGGCACGGGCUACCACGGCCUGCAGAUCAACCACAAGGAGAAGACGAUCGAGGGCGACAUCUUUGCGGCGUUUGUGGCGGCCAAGGCCAUCGCCAAGACUAACGCCGACGACCCGCGCAAGUCGAGCUUCGUGCGGUGCGCGCGCACGGACAAGGGCGUCCACGCCGCCGGCAACAUGGUCUCGCUCAAGCUCAUCAUCGAGGACCCGGACGUCGUGCAGAAGAUCAACGACAACCUGCCCCCUCAGAUCCGCGUCUGGGGCAUCACCAGGACCAACAACGCCUUCAGCUCGUACCAGUCGUGCGACUCGCGCUGGUACGAGUACCUCAUGCCCAGCUACUGCCUGCUGCCGCCGCACAUCCACAGCUUUCUGGGCAAAAAGGUUGCGCAGUACGCAAAGGAUAAUGGGUACGAAGGGGAGCUCGCCAAGCGGCUCGAGGAUGUGCAGGGCUUCUGGGAGGAGGUGGAGAAGAACGACAUUCAGCCCAUCAUGGAUAGCCUGGAGGAGUCGGUGCGUGAGGCGGUUCUGGCCAAGCUGCAUGCUGUAAGGGAAGGCCUCGUCGGCGACGAUGGAAUCACGGACGACAAGGCUGCCAAAAAGAAGCCUGCCGAGACGCAGGAGAGUGAACCUCAAGCCACAGAGGAGGCUGCCCCGACUGCCCCGACUGAGGAACUCACAGAGAGCACACCGGCAACGACGACAGCACCAACAGAAGAUGCCCCUGCGGCCGCUGAAGAGGCCACUACCGCGGAAGCUGCCAAGGAUGUCAAGCCUGUCAACCCCGUCGAGCAGGCGCUGAAGCGGAUAAGCGCCGCCUACAUUGCCGCGAAGCGACGGUACCGCGUGACACCGGGCCGCCUGGCGCAGCUGCAGGAGGCGCUGGACCAGUACGUCGGGACGCGAAACUACCACAACUACACGGUGCAGAAGAGCCAUGGCGACCCGUCGGCGAAGCGGCUGAUCAAGUCGUUCCAGCUGAACAAGGAGCCCGUGCAGAUCAACGACACGCAGUGGCUCAGCCUCAAGGUGCACGGCCAGUCGUUCAUGAUGCACCAGAUCCGCAAGAUGGUCGGCAUGGCGGUCCUCGUCACCCGCUGCGGCACCCCGCUGGGCCGCAUCGAGGAGAGCUACGGGCCCACGCGCAUCAGCAUCCCCAAGGCGCCCGGGCUCGGGCUGCUGCUCGAGCGGCCCGUGUUUGACAGCUACAACGCCCGCGCAAAGGACAUGUACAAUCUCGAGCCGCUGGAUUUUGGCAACUAUGAGAAGGAGAUCCAGAAGUUCAAGGAGGAGCAGAUCUACCAGCGCAUAUUCGAGCUCGAGGAGCAGCAGAAUUCAUUCCAUACGUUCUUCCAUCAGGUCGACAACUUCAAGUCCGACUACUUCCUGUGGGUCACCGCCGGUGGCCUAGAGGCCGCCCAGCACCGACCGGGCAUGAAGGGCCGUGACCCGGCCGCGUUCACUGGCGAUGAUGACGAGGGUGAGGAUGACGAUGCUGCCGCCGCCGCCAAGGGCGGCGAGGGCAACGAAGGGUAG